GCCCCGGCCCUGCCGCCCGCGCCGGGGCGGUCGCCCGCAGAGGAAGGCGCCGCAGUCUCCGGGCCUCGCCGCCCCGCUCGAGUGUCCUCGGCACCGAGGGCUCGCGGGUCCUGAGGGGAGGAGGCGAGCCAGGGGCCGGGCACUGAGCUCUUUGGCGCCCCCACCCCCGUUUUCGGAGCCCUCCACGCUGCGGCCACUGUCCCCUCCGGACCAUGGCCGACGACGACGUGCUGUUCGAGGAUGUGUACGAGCUGUGCGAGGUGAUCGGCAAGGGUCCCUUCAGUGUUGUACGACGAUGCAUCAACAGAGAAACUGGGCAACAAUUUGCUGUAAAAAUUGUUGAUGUAGCCAAGUUCACAUCAAGUCCAGGGUUAAGUACAGAAGGUAAGAGAUGGAUUUCAAAUCUAAAGCGGGAAGCCAGUAUCUGUCAUAUGCUGAAACAUCCCCACAUUGUAGAGUUAUUGGAGACAUAUAGCUCAGAUGGAAUGCUUUACAUGGUUUUUGAAUUUAUGGAUGGAGCGGAUCUGUGUUUUGAAAUCGUAAAACGAGCUGACGCUGGUUUUGUAUACAGUGAAGCUGUGGCCAGUCAUUACAUGAGACAGAUACUGGAAGCUCUACGCUAUUGUCAUGAUAACAACAUAAUUCACAGGGAUGUGAAGCCCCACUGUGUUCUCCUUGCCUCAAAGGAAAACUCGGCACCUGUUAAACUUGGGGGCUUUGGGGUAGCUAUUCAAUUAGGGGAGUCUGGACUUGUAGCUGGAGGACGCGUUGGAACACCUCAUUUUAUGGCCCCAGAAGUUGUCAAAAGAGAGCCUUAUGGAAAACCUGUAGAUGUCUGGGGUUGUGGCGUGAUCCUUUUUAUCCUGCUAAGCGGUUGUUUGCCUUUUUAUGGAACCAAGGAAAGAUUGUUUGAAGGCAUUAUUAAAGGAAAAUAUAAGAUGAAUCCAAGGCAGUGGAGCCAUAUCUCUGAAAGUGCCAAAGACCUAGUACGCCGCAUGCUGAUGCUGGAUCCUGCUGAAAGGAUCACUGUUUAUGAAGCACUGAAUCACCCAUGGCUUAAGGAGCGGGAUCGUUAUGCCUACAAGAUUCAUCUUCCAGAAACAGUAGAACAACUGAGGAAAUUUAAUGCAAGGAGGAAACUAAAGGGUGCAGUACUAGCAGCUGUGUCAAGUCACAAAUUCAACUCAUUCUAUGGGGAUCCCCCUGAAGAGUUGCCAGAUUUCUCCGAAGACCCUACCUCCUCAGGAGCAGUCUCACAGGUGCUGGACAGCCUGGAAGAAAUUCAUGCACUUACAGACUGCAGUGAAAAGGACUUAGAUUUCCUACACAGUGUUUUCCAGGAUCAGCAUCUUCACACACUACUAGAUCUAUAUGACAAAAUUAACACAAAAUCUUCACCGCAAAUCAGGAAUCCUCCAAGUGAUGCAGUACAGAGAGCCAAAGAGGUAUUGGAAGAAAUUUCAUGUUACCCUGAGAAUAACGAUGCAAAGGAACUAAAGCGUAUUUUAACACAACCUCAUUUCAUGGCCUUACUUCAGACUCACGAUGUAGUGGCACAUGAAGUUUACAGUGAUGAAGCAUUGAGGGUUACACCUCCUCCCACUUCUCCCUAUUUAAAUGGUGAUUCUCCAGAAAGCGCAAAUGGAGACAUGGAUAUGGAGAACGUGACCAGGGUUCGCCUGGUCCAGUUCCAAAAGAACACAGAUGAACCAAUGGGAAUCACUUUAAAAAUGAAUGAGCUAAAUCACUGUAUUGUUGCAAGAAUCAUGCAUGGGGGCAUGAUUCAUAGGCAAGGUACACUUCAUGUCGGAGAUGAAAUUCGAGAAAUCAAUGGCAUCAGUGUGGCUAACCAAACAGUGGAACAGCUGCAAAAAAUGCUUCGGGAAAUGCGGGGGAGUAUCACCUUCAAGAUCGUGCCAAGUUACCGCACUCAGUCGUCGUCCUGUGAGAGAGAUUCCCCCUCCACUUCCAGACAGUCCCCAGCUAAUGGUCAUAGCAGCACUAACAAUUCUGUUUCGGACUUGCCAUCAACUACCCAACCAAAAGGACGACAGAUCUAUGUAAGAGCACAAUUUGAAUAUGAUCCAGCCAAGGAUGACCUCAUCCCCUGCAAAGAAGCUGGCAUUCGAUUCAGAGUUGGUGACAUUAUCCAGAUUAUCAGUAAGGAUGAUCACAAUUGGUGGCAGGGUAAACUGGAAAACUCCAAAAAUGGAACUGCGGGUCUCAUUCCUUCUCCAGAACUUCAGGAAUGGCGAGUCGCUUGCAUUGCCAUGGAGAAGACCAAACAGGAGCAGCAAGCCAGCUGUACUUGGUUUGGCAAGAAAAAGAAGCAGUACAAAGAUAAAUAUUUGGCGAAGCACAAUGCAGUGUUUGAUCAAUUAGAUCUUGUUACAUAUGAAGAAGUAGUAAAACUGACAGCAUUCAAAAGGAAAACACUAGUCUUAUUAGGUGCACAUGGUGUUGGGAGAAGACACAUAAAAAACACCCUCAUCACAAAGCACCCAGACCGGUUUGCGUACCCUAUUCCACACACCACCAGACCUCCAAAGAAAGAUGAAGAAAAUGGAAAGAAUUAUUACUUUGUAUCUCAUGACCAAAUGAUGCAAGACAUCUCUAAUAACGAGUACCUGGAGUAUGGCAGCCACGAGGAUGCGAUGUACGGGACAAAACUGGAGACCAUCCGGAAGAUCCAUGAGCAAGGGCUGAUCGCAAUACUGGACGUGGAGCCUCAGGCACUGAAGGUCCUGAGAACUGCAGAGUUUGCUCCUUUUGUUGUUUUUAUUGCCGCACCAACUAUCACUCCAGGUUUGAAUGAGGCCUACUCAAGUCAGCAGCCGCCACGGAGAUGGUGCCCGCGAGGGUCGGCAGCACCCUCUAGAACCAGGCUGGCUUACACAGCCUUCUAUUGCUGGGCAGAUAAGAAGGUAGUUAUGGAGUGUCUGGAUGAAUCUCUUCAGCGUCUGCAGAAGGAGUCUGACAUCUUACAGAGAACAUAUGCACACUACUUCGAUCUCACAAUUAUCAACAAUGAAAUCGAUGAGACAAUCAGACAUCUGGAGGAAGCCGUGGAGCUCGUGUGCACAGCCCCGCAGUGGGUCCCGGUCUCCUGGGUCUAUUAGGCCUCUCCCCAGAUAUCUGCCGCAUAACUGGGAGCCACCUCAUACAUGGAAAAGCCUCUGUUAUCGGCCUUGUGUCAGCAGGUCGUGGUCCCUAGAGACUACCUAGUUGUAGUGUGACCUACAUUUAUAAUUAUUGUCAUGUCCGAAUAGAUAGGAGGAGAAAAACAAUUACACACUAAUUUAAAGAGACAGUAUCUUUUUUAAUCAGUUCUCCUAAACUUUAAUAAAAUGUAUCUUUAAAUGUAUGUAUUAUUCAAUCCUUUGGAAUGUUAUAUUUUUGGAAAUCAUAGCUUUUUAUUUCCAAGGCCCCUAAAAACUGCACAAAAAUAGAUGCUGCUUUCUAUAAUCUAUUUUAAUAAUAAUAAACAAUGAUUCUGUUACCUUGA